UCGGAUUCGAAUACGAACAAGGACGCCAUCUAGACAUAAGAAGAUGAAUCAGCUAAUGGAGGUGCAGUCUUGCAUCGAUGUGGUCUGGGUGUGCGUCUCGAGUAAGAGCGACAAGCGCAGAAGGGAUUCGAAGGUUUCGAGGGAAAGGCGAAUCAUGUAUGAAGACACUCACUCUGAGAGCACCGUUGAGCGCGCACCCAGAACUCAUCCCGUUACGCCGAUUCAAUUCGUAUUGUUUAAGCUAAGACAUACUUUGUUUUGUAAUAAAUGGCGCGUAAUUUAAAUUGGAAUGUUGUUAAUGUAGUUGACGAGGAGGUUUAUCCGACAUCAGAAGUGGGAUCUGGAUCCAAUUUGCGAUCUAAUUUGCGAUCUAGUGAAAAGUGCGAUAGAGAAAGUGACAAUGAUAAAGAAAAGUGGAAUCAGUUAUUACAAGUGCAAAAUAACAAUAUGCGUAUUCUUAUUGAAGCGUUGAUAAAACCCCAGGUGACCGAACAAUUUAAUUUGUCGGAAUUUAAUCCGGAUGAUCGUGAUGCUGACGCGCGUGCUUGGUGUUCCAUGGCAGAGUUAUGUAUUGGUGACAAGAAUUUGACGGGUGCCAAACUAAUUAUGACGUUAAGCAGAGCAAUGAAGGGUGCAGCAUCAUCGUGGUUGUCGCAGAUAUCCUACCCGGAUAUUUCGUGGGAAGAUUUUAAAUCACAGUUUGCCGCACGAUUUAUUCAGUCAGAGACGAUGACUGCGUCUCUAAUAAAUCUACAGAAUGGAAGGCCACGAGGUGAUGAAAAUUUGAGUUCUUACGCGGGGCGACUUUUCAAUUCGCUAAUGACUAACUGGAAAGAUGCGUCCAUCGAGCAAAUCGCUAUUGCGACAAUAUUAUCGCAUAUUGCUCAAUUCGAUAAUCGAGUACAGCGUAUGUCAUUCACCAACGAAAUUCAGACGAGACAGCAAUUACAAAAGGAGUUACAAGCACUCUCUUUUAAACGACCAGCCGCAGUAGACAAUGCUUCGCAACGCCCGGAGAAGAUGCGAAGAACUUCAUCAUUCCAACCCAAGAUGACGAAGUGUUUCAACUGCAAUAAAUUUGGACAUCGACAAGCUGACUGCCCCGAGAAGCGAAGACAAGACCUGAAAUUCACCCCUCAGCCGUCCACAUCGGGAGCGUCAAACAGCGGAAGAUGCUUCAAAUGCGGUGAGACCGGACACUUCGCCAACCGCUGCAGGAAGAAUGAGGGUUCUGUCAAGACGGUCAACGUCUGUGCAGUAGAUUUACCUGGAGGUACUUUUAAGCAUAACGUUGUGAACUGCUGGUCAUUGUAGUGAUCAUGCAGGGUUGCCAACCAUUGGUGUGGUUGUGUAACAUGGGACCUAAUCAUUGGUGUGAUUAGUUGUGAACUGCCAACCAUUGUAGUGGUUGAGUAGGUUGCCAACCAUUGGUGUGGUUGUGUAACAUGGGACCUAAUCAUUGGUGUGAUUAGUUGUGAACUGCCAACCAUUGUAGUGGUUGAGUAGGUUGCCAACCAUUGGUGUGGUUGUGUGACAUGAGACCUAAUCAUUGGUGUGAUUAGUUGUGAACUGCCAACCAUUGUAGUGGUUGAGUAGGUUGCCAACCAUUGGUGUGGUUGUGUAACAUGGGACCUAAUCAUUGGUGUGAUUAGUUGUGAACUGCCAACCAUUGUAGUGGUUGAGUAGGUUGCCAACCAUUGGUGUGGUUGUGUAACAUGUGACCUAAUCAUUGGUGUGAUUAGUUGUGAACUGCCAACCAUUGUAGUGGUUGAGUAGAAUUUCCAACCAUUGUAGUGGUUGUGAAAUUGUUAGAAGUCAAUCAUUCUAGUGAUUGUGCUUGAUGUUGCAAAUCAUUGUAGUGAUUGUGCAGGGUUGAAAACCAUUGUAGUGGUUUUGUAACAUGUUAUUUUUGUGAUUUUGUGAAAUGUAAUAUUGCUGCAUAUGAGAGAGAUAUGACAGAGAUGUGGUCAGAGAUGACCGAGUGAUUAAAAUUUUCGAACAAGAUUCUGAGAUUUACUUUGUUUUACAGAAUAAGCCACACGAGGACGUGUGUGCGCAGGAUGGCCGUGUCGGAUUCGAAUACGAACAAGGACGCCAUCUAGACAUAAGAAGAUGAAUCAGCUAAUGGAGGUGCAGUCUUGCAUCGAUGUGGUCUGGGUGUGUGUCUCGAGUAAGAGCGACAAGCGCAGAAGGGAUUCGAAGGUUUCGAGGGAAAGGAGAAUCAUGUAUGAAGACACUCACUCUGAGAGCACCGUUGAGCGCGCACCCAGAACUCAUCCCGUUACGCCGAUUCAAUUCGUAUUGUUUAAGCUAAGACAUACUUUGUUUUGUAAUAAAUGGCGCGUAAUUUAAA